AAGAACAUAAUUAUUUUUUGUUAUCAAAAAGAACUUACCAAAUAGUUUUUUAAAGUUAUUAUUGGAUUUUAUUGGACUUAUACUAUGACGGAUGGAUAAAUAAUGGAUGAUAGCUUAAAGAAUGUUUCUAACAAGAAAAUAAGAAAUUAUGAAGUCCUGCAAACCUUGUUAGAAACAAGGAGUGAAGAAAAAUUAUGCAGAAAUAAAGAAAGUUAUCUAAUUGCAUGUAAAGAAAAUGGUGUUGUACCUGUUUCAUAUUAUUUACACAAUAAUAGCAAGCGCAAGUUAAAUAUGUCUCAGAGAGGGCUUGGUACAUUGGGUACGAAGGCUUUAUGUGAUUCUUUAACAGUGUCCCUAGAAGUCCUUACGGUCUUAUCACAUAGCACUGUGGAUGAGCAUUCAAAUGGAAGUUCACGUCUCUUUCCUAACUGUUGUCAUAAAAUUUGCCUAGAGGGCAAUUAUCACGUAUCACAUUUGAAUUUGUCUGAAAAUUGUUUUGGUUCUGAAGGUUGCUUAUAUUUGUCAAUACUUCUUAAAGAAAAUAGUUUUAUUUCUACUUUAGAUGUUUCUGAGAAUGCUAUUGGUUUUCAGGGGAUGAAACAUAUUUGCAACAUUCUUCAACAUACUAAAACAUUAAAAAGACUUUCUUUAAAAGGUAACGGUUUGGAAACUUCAAGUGCUGAUAUCCUUGCUAAAACAUUAAAAAAGCAUGGUAAAUGUUUAAAGCAGCUCAAUCUAAGUCACAAUUCUUUUGGAGAAGAAGCUGGGCUCCUCCUUGCUUCUAUAAUAGCAGUAAAUGAAACAUUAGAAGAACUUGAUCUAAGUUGGAAUCAUAUUCGUCAGAAAGGUGCUUGUGCUAUUGGAUUGGCCUUAAAAGAAAAUAUAUCAUUGAAAAAGCUCAACUUAUCUUGGAAUGGGUUUGCUGAUAAUGGCAUUUUUGUUCUUUCUGAAUCUCUAAAAGUUAACAGUUCUUUACAACAUCUUGAUAUAAGCUGCAAUCGUAUAUCAUAUGAUGGUGCUUGUCAUUUGCGUAAAGCAUUAACAUUAAACACAGGCUUGAUUGUUUUAAAAGUAGGUCAGAAUCCUUUGCAACAUGGCACUUUCGAGAUAAUUAAAGCAUUUCAUAAUAAUAUGGUUACAACGAUCGCUGAACUACAUUUUACUGAUAUUCAGGUGACAAAAGAAUUUAUUGACCUUGUUGCAAAAAUUAAAAGCAAAGUACCCACUUUAAAUGUUUAUCACGGCGGUUUAGGCGGAAGUCUGCAAAAGCCAGAAGAGCGAAAAAAUCCAAUGAAAGUGUUAAGAGUUUAUAUAAAAGAAAAUCAGUUGCGAAUUUUUGAUUUUUUCAAAAAACUUGAUAAAGAUAAGAGUUUGAGUCUGACCAUUGCUGAAUUUGUAUCUGGCCUCAAAGAAUCCGGUGUUCCGCUUCGCCACGAUGAGUUAGUUUCACUUGUUCAGUCCUUGGAUAUUGAUGGAGAUGGAGAAAUUGAUUACAAAGAGUUAGUUCUUGGACACCACGCAAUUUUAAGGGAGGAGCGACAUGAAAUUCUCAAAGAAAAAGCAAUUCAAGCGCAUAAGGAAAAACUACUUUUAAGUGAAAAUUUAACACCUAGAAUGAAAGAAAAAAGCGAAACUUUAUUGGUACGAAGUCGAAGUAAAACACAUUCAUUUUCACGGCCAAUCAAUUCACCAAGUAGCUCCAUAGAUUCGAUUCGCACCAGUAGCUCUCAAUCUUUGUUGCGUCGUUCUAAAUCCUCAAAAAUGUUGGAAGGUAAUAAUAUAUACCACAAUGUUGAAGAAUAAAGUAGUGGCGUUGAAGAAUGCAAAAAGAGAAAAGCAAAGAAAAGCAGUGACUUUUUAUUUUUUUAUUCAAGAUUCUAUUAACAUUUCUACAACAUUUAUUUUUCCAUUAAUAUCUAAUUUUUGAUUGUUCACUUUUUUAUUUUUUAAU